AUGUCAAGCAACGGAGAAUUCCCUUAUCAGGCCCCCAAGAAGACCCCACAGACCCCCACGAAGGAGCUCAAAACCCCCCAGGCCCCCAAGAAGACCCAACAGACCCCCAUGAAGGAGCUCAAAACCCCCCAGGCCCCCAAGAAGACCCAACAGACCCCCAUGAAGGCCCUCAAAACCGCCCAGGCCCCCAAGAAGACCCAACAGACCCCCAUGAAGGCCCUUCAAACACCUCAGGCCCCGACGAUGACCCCUCAGGACCUCAUGAAGACCCUCAUGAGUCUGAAGCCGCCCACUAAGACCCCUCAGGACCUCAUGAAGAGCCUCAAUACUUCCACCAAGACUACUCAGGAGCCCAAGAUGCCCCUCAACCCCCUCAACUGCGUCAAAGGAGACGGCGUGAUAGACGGGCUUAAAGGCUCACUUACGGUCGGAGCGAUUGCGUUCGGUGGACCUCUGGGCAACAAGCAUUGGAAUAACCACUGA